AUGCAGCAUGAGGAGGGCAGGCAGGUCAAGGUCGAGUCGCCAAAAUGCACCAAAUGCACCGGCCGAGGUCGGGGUUGGCGCCCACUGCCCGCUGCCCGCGCCGCUGUCGGCCUCGACCCCGGAUGGCGACUAGCCAAGCGCAAGCCAAGCCAAAGCCCUGCUGCCGGCGCCGCGGAAGGAGUCCAGGGGCCAGGCCCCCCGGCCUGCGCCUGCCCUUUUGGCCCCAAGCCAAGCCAAGCCCAGGCCAGGAGCCGGAAUGGCAAGCCAUGA